GACCGCGGCCGCGGCCUGAGGAGCGGCAAUAGGCGCAACGGCGGCAGCGACUGCGGGCGACCCGGACGACGACGACGACGACGCGGCCGCCGACGCCGACGCCGGCGGGGCGGGCCCUGUGCGCCGACGGGAGGGGGAGGCGAGCGGCGGCUCCGACUGCGGCAGCGCCCGGCGGGCUGACGGCAGGAGAACCUCGGGCUGCCGGCGUUCUGCCUAGGCCUCGGCGACGCCCGCGGCAGCGCGCGGCGUUCUCGGCGGCCGAUCUCCAUAGAGACUGUGACAUCCACAGAGGCGGGAGGCCGCUGCGGGCCGGGACUCGCGCUUCCCGGGGGGGGAGGGCCGCCCCGCGGUGUCGGACCGGGGCUGGGCGGUGCGGGAGGGGGGCGCCCGGCAGGCGGGGCCGCCUCUCGCCCUCCCCUGACCCGCCCCGAGAGCGGGAAAGGCGGCCGGGGCUCCGCCAUGGCCUCGGGAGCCGGAGGAAUGGGAGGGGGCGGUGGCGGCAAGAUCCGGACGCGGCGUUGCCAGCACGGGCCGGUGAAGCCUUACCAGCAGGGGCGACCGCAGCAUCAGGGCAUUCUCAGCAGGGUUACGGAGUCUGUGAAGAACAUUGUACCAGGGUGGCUGCAGAGGUACUUCAACAAAGCUGAGGAUGCAUGCAGCUGUUCAGCAGACACAAGUGGGGUGCCACAGUGGCCCGAAAAUACAGAGAAUGAUCAUAUGAUAUAUGCCAAUGAGGAGAACUCUAACAUCAGUGAUGGCAGACUCACUCCUGAGCCAACAGUCAGUAAUACAGAAGAACCUUCAACAACUGGUACUGCUUCGAAUUAUCCAGAUGUAUUAACGAGGCCUUCUCUCCAUCGGAGCCAUCUGAAUUUCUCCGUGUUGGAAUCCCCCGCGUUGCAUUGUCAGCCGUCUACAUCCUCAGCGUUCCCAAUUGGCAGUUCUGGAUUUUCCCUUGUGAAGGAAAUUAAAGAUUCUACCUCACAGCAUGAGGAUGAUAACAUCUCAACUACCAGUGGGUUUUCUUCAAGAGCUUCUGAUAAAGACAUAGCUGUCUCAAAGAACACUUCCUUGCCGCCUCUGUGGUCUCCAGAGGCUCAGAGUUCUCACUCUCAUUCCCUCUCCCAGCACACUGCCACCAACUCAAAGAAACCAGCAUUCAACCUGUCUGCCUUUGGAACACUUUCCCCUUCAUUUGGGAAUUCUUCAGUCCUUAAAACAAGUCAGCUUGGAGAUUCCCCCUUUUAUCCUGGAAAAACAAUGUAUGGUGGCGCAGCAGCUGCUGUAAGACAGUCUAAACAACAGCAUACACCGUAUCAGGCUCCAGUCAGAAGACAGAUGAAAGCCAAACAGCUGAAUGCGCAGUCUUACGGUGUGACCAGUUCAACAGCUCGGCGCAUAUUGCAGUCUCUAGAGAAGAUGUCAAGCCCACUUGCUGAUGCAAAAAGAAUUCCAUCUGUUUCUUCAUUCAAUUCUCCUCUUGAUAGGAGUGGGCUAAUUAUCUCAGAUCAUCAGGCUAAAAGCCAAAAGGUGGACUCUCAGUAUCCCCCUGUGCAGAGACUUAUGACCCCAAAGCCCAUUUCUAUAGCAACAAAUCGAAACAUUUAUUUUAAACCAUCUCUGACCAUGUCUGGUGAACUGAGGAAGACUAAUCAAAGAAUAGAUAAAAGACACAGUACUGGAUGUGAAAACAACAUGACAUCAGGACAAAAUGAAGAACGGGAAAGUGGCUUUUCAUACCCAAAUUUUGGUGUGCCAGCAGCCAAUGGCUUAUCUUCUGCAGUACGUGGUGGAGGUGGCAAAAUGCGGCGAGAGAGGACACGUUUUGCUGCUUCUAAACCUCCAGAAGAGGAGGAGGAGAUGGAAUUACCAGUAUUACCGAAAAUUUCUCUACCUAUCACCAGUUCGUCACUACCUGUCUUCAAUUUCAGUUCCCCUGUGAGCACAGCAUCCUCUCUGUCACCCAUCAGUUCUCAGACACUGACAAACAAGGUACAAAUGACCUCUUCCAGCAACACUGGCAGUCCCAUAUUUAGAUUUUCAUCUCCAAUCAUAAAAUCUACUGAGGCAGAUAUACUACCUCCAUCAUCUAUUGGAUUUACAUUUAGUGUGCCUAUUGCAAAAACAGAACUGUCUGGUUCUAGUAAAGCUUCAGAAUCAAUUAUAAGUAGUUCUGCUCAAGAUACCACUGCAGCAAACAACAGUACAAGCUGUACCAAGAGGCAAGGUGAAGAUUAUGAGGGUCCUUUUAGACCUGCAAAAACUAUGAAGGAAGGGAGUGUUCUUGAUCUUCUGAAAAACCCUGAUUUUGCAUCACCGAAGGUAGAUUGUCUUGCUGCUCCGCCUACCACAAGCCCGAUAGUUUAUACAAGACCAGCAAUAAGUAGCUUUUCUUCUAGUGGUAGUGGAUUUGGGGAAAGCUUCAAAGUUGCAGCAUCAUGGCAGUGUGAUACAUGUCUGCUCCAAAACAAAGCUACAGAUAACAAGUGCAUAGCCUGUCAAGCAGCAAAAUCGCCACCAAGAGAUAGUGUCAAACAGACUGGAAUUGGCACACCAAGCAAAAGCGACAAAGCAACUCUUCCUGCAUCAGGAACUGGCUUUGGAGACAAAUUUAAACCAGCAGUAGGAACUUGGGAUUGUGACACAUGUUUAGUGCAGAAUAAACCUGAAGCAAUAAAAUGUGUAGCCUGUGAAACGCCGAAACCUGGGACUGGUGUGAGGCGCGCCCUGACUUUGACAGCUGCCUCAGAGAGUGCCGUGACUGGGACUGCCUCGCCUGCCAGCUGCACCGUGACCUCUGGUUCCUUAGGAUUUGGAGAUAAAUUCAAAAGGCCUGUGGGGUCUUGGGAGUGUCCAGUAUGCUGUGUUACUAAUAAUGCAGAAGACAAUAAAUGUGUGUCCUGUAUGUCUGAGAAACCAGGAAGUGUACCUGCUUCAAGUAGCAGCUCUCUUCCUGCAUCUGUGACUUCUGGAAGCUCUCUGGGAUUGGACAAGUUCAAGAAACCUGAGGGAAGCUGGGACUGUGCGGUGUGCCUAGUGCAGAAUAAAGCAGACUCUACCAAAUGUGUGGCGUGCAAAGGGGCAAAGCCGGGCACACAGUCUGAGUUCACAGGCUUUGGUACAUCAUCUGCAUCUUCGAACUCAGCAGACUCCCCCUUCAAAUUUGGUAUCCCAUCAUCAUCAUCUUCAUCCUCUGGUUCUUCUCAAACUUUAACAAACACUGGAAAUUUUAAAUUUGGAGAUCAGGGAGGAUUCAAAACAGGCGUGUCAUCUGAUUCUCUGUCCGGAAACCCUUUGAGUGAGGGCUUUAAGUUUUCAAAACCAGUGGGAGGUUUUAAAUUUGGAGUUUCAUCCGAUUCUAAACCUGAAGAAGUUAAAAAAGACAGUAAGAAUGAGAAUAAGUUUACAUUUGGACUUUCUUCUGGGUUAAGCAACCCAGCUUCUUCAGCUCCAUUGCAAUUUGGGAUGUCUAACCUUGGGCAACAAGAAAAGAAAGAAGAACCUCCUAAAUCAUCUGCAGGCUUUAGCUUUGCUACAGGUGUUGUUAACUCCACACCGACUGCUAACAGCUUAGUGACCUCUGAGAACAAGAGCGGCUUCAGCUUUGGAAGCACAGAAACCAAGAGUGUUUCCAUUGCUCCUUUCACGUGCAAGACGCCGGAAGCAAAGAAAGAAGAAAUGUCUACCCCCAAAGGAGGGUUUGCUUUUGGCAGUGUGGAACCUGCCUCUCUGCCAGCUGUCACAAGGUAUGCUUUGGGAAUGACAGACGACAAACAGCAAGAGCCUGUCACUUCUACAUCUCUUGUUUUGGGGAAGAAAACCGACAAAGAAGAGCCAAAGUGUCCACCAGUGUUUUCCUUUGGAAAUUCAGAGCAAACCAAAGAUGAGAGUUCUAAGGCAACGUUUAGCUUUAAUAUGGUAAAGUCAUCUGAGAAGGAAGCAGAACAGCCAGGAAAAACCACUUUUGCUUUUGGAACCCAAGCCAGUACCACAGCUGCAGAUCAAAGUACAGCCAAACCUGUUUUUAGUUUCUUGAACAAUUCCUCUAGUUCAAGUGUACCAGCCACUACAACUGGUAGUGGUAGCAUCUUUGGUAGUUUAACCUUCUCCUCCAGUCAGCCGAUGUCAGCCUUUGUGUUUGGACAGUCCAGCAACCCUGGGAGCAAUCCUGCUUUUGGUAGCUCUGCUGAGCCCAGUACUUCUCGAUCUCUGCUGUUUUCUCAAGAUAACAAGCCAGCUUCCACAUCCAGCACAAGUACAGCUUCCACCUCACUGGUCUUUGGUUCGGGCACCAGCAGUAACAGUGCUGCUGCAACCUCUGGCUUUGCCUUUGGAGCUACAACCACGUCUAGCUCUGCAGGAUCCUCCUUUGUAUUUGGUACAGCAGCUUCAGCACCAUCUGCCAGUCCAGCAUUUGGUGCUACCCAGACCCCAACAUUUGGACAAAAUCCAGGUGCCGCCCAGCCUGCUCCUCAAGGCUUUGGAUCUGUCUCAUCGUCAACAGCGUUAUUUUCUGCUGCUUCCCAGCCACCUGCUUUUGGGACAGUGUCAAGCAGCAGCCAGCUUCCGGUGUUUGGGCAGCAGCCUACUCAGUCUGCAUUUGGCUCUGGAGCAGCUCCUAAUUCUGGUUCGGUUUUCCAAUUUGGUAGCAGCACAACAAAUUUCAACUUUACGAACAAUAAUCCAACAGGAGUUUUCACCUUUGGAGCAAGUUUGAGUACACCUGCAGCCUCAACUCAGCCUUCAGGCUCCGGGGGCUUUCCCUUUAACCCGACUCCAACUAUGUUUACAAUGGGGUCAAAUGGGAAAAAUAUGUUCUCAUCUGCUGGAACUGGUCGCAAGAUAAAGACUGCUGUUAGACGAAAGAAAUAAAGGUCACAGUGUAUUACUUGCAACAGCUUUGACAACAGCUGGCGUCUUGCGUUCAGAUGCUAUGUGCUGGGGUUAUCUGAACUCAGAUUUGCCUAAGGACUAAUUCACUUUUGGAAUUUUCAUCCUUUUUCUUUAUGGAAGUCCCAUCCCUGCCGCUGCCACUUAUAAAAAAUAUCUAGACUGAUGACUGAUUCUUCAGCAGAAAUAUUUUGUGAUCCAGCAGAUUGAUUAUUCACUGAUUUGGCAUAGUCUGGCUGUACCAGGAAUAGAGCCUGCACGGUGAAUGGCUUUGUAUAGAACCUGUUCGUGUGCACCACCAUGUGCGUCAAUAAGCGUUUAUGGAACACAUUGAAAUUGUAACUAUAUCUGAGGAAUUCUGUAUAGAUUAGGAUUCUGUGUAGAUUAGAGGAUGUUGAAAUGAAUGAUUUCAAUGCUGAGUUUGUGCUGGUGUGUGUGUGAAGUGAGUGUGUUGGGUGUAUCGUGCGCUAAAAUUUUCUGAUAGAGGAAGCCUGAUUAAAGAGUGGUCCAUGCUAAGGACUUGUUAGAUCUCACUCAUUCUACAUUUAAUAAUUAUAUGCUAUUUCUAUAUUUUCAUUCCUCUAACUAUCACCUGUCUUGCCUUUUUCAUUAUUUUAUUAUGAAACUUGGUGUAAAUACAAUUUUGUUUCUGUACUGUUUUGGCAUAACAUAAAGUCUGUGAACUUGAAAUUUUAA